ACCCCGAACAAUGUGACCGUUGUUUGUCAUAGCAACCGCCAUUUAGCGGUAUUUGCCGCCUAGAGGGUCGCGUCGCGUCGCGUCAGAUCAGCCGCUUGCUGCGGAGUCUCAGACGCUCAUGUGACGCGCCGCCUGCGGAAGUCUCUCACAGGCGUUUUCUGAGCAUUUGAGCGGAUCGGAGCGUCUGAGAAACACACGGCCGUCCGGAGAAAACAACCGGAGCUCCGCCGCAGACGCGCGAGCCUGCCGUUCAUCUCCAUGCCGUUUUAACGAAGGAACGGAGCGCGGCGGCGGUAUUAUCAGCAAAUCUCAUAGACGUCCUGUUCCAGCGAUGAUUCCCUGACCUGGUCUCAUGGAGAAGAAGUCCUGCAGUGUGUUCCUGCAGCCCGGCGCUCCGGUCAUGUCCUUCAUCCCUCCGGAGAGCUCCCAGCCCGUCUCCGAUUGGCUGAGCGGCCUCCGGCUCGACCAGUACUGCCCCGCCUUCCACGAGGCGGGGCUGGGAACGCUGUGGGACUGUCAGGAUAUAAGCUCCGCCCAGCUGCAGCGGAUGGGCGUGGCUCUGCCGGGCCACAGGAAGCGCAUCCUCGGCAGCCUGCGCAAGCUCCUCCCCUCGGCGACGGGGACGGAGGAGGAUGAGGAGCGGGAGGAGGACAGGCCCGUGGCCCGAGAGAGGACCAAAUUCAGAGCGGGGGACGAAACGCAGCCGGCCGGAAACGGCGGCGGAGGUAAGCGCCCGCCCCCCGUCCCGCCUCGGGUCACGCAUCGACCCCCAGUGCCCUUCACGCCCGGAUCGGUAACCAUGGCGACCGCCCCGGAGCCCAUCGGCAUCCGCGAACUAAAGGAAACGCCCACAUGCGCCGAUCCAACCAAGCCCAUCCCGACUCCCAGGCCACGCCCAGAACACCUGGCUGUUAAAGGGCCGGCGCAGCAGCUCCAGGCGAGCGAGAGGAAGCCGUCUCCCGUGUCUCCCUCUUCCUCCUCCUCCUCCUCCUCCUCCUCCUCCUCAUCAGCGGAGCGCUUCCAUCUGUAUGAACAGUGUUCGUCUCCAGCUCAGGGAGAAGCGGGCGUUCCUCCUCUUCCUCCUAAGAGCUACGCCGUCUCUAAGGAGCUCAGAGAUGGCCCGUACAGACCCCCGGUUCCACCUCCUCGCGUCUCCGCCUUCUCCAGGACUACGAGUCCCAGAAGCACGCCAUCCGGAAGCCCGCCCACAUUCAGCGCUCCUGCAGAUGAGCCGGCAGACACGGAGCGAGUCCCAGAAGUCCCUCCUCGGAUCAUCAGACCUCCGAACGAGAGCCAGAGGACAGACGUCCCGCCGGGCCGAGGCCAGUUCGAGUCGGAUGAAAGUUCAGAUGACUAUGACGAGUGCGAGCCCAGCAGAGACACUAAACUCAUAGACAUGGCCAGCAAGAUGUCCUUGAUGGUUCCCAAGGCGACGAAACCCCGUUACAGCAGCAUAUGCAGCGAUGACGAGCUCCUGGACGAUGACACCAGCUGUUACGAGUCGGUGUCCGUCAAACGGGGUUCAUGGACCGAAGACUUCGGUUCGAUCUCCGGUUCUCAGAACAGCAUCUACCUGCCAAUCUCAGGCCACGUCAAUGCCCCGCCCCCUCGGGAUGACCCCGCCUCCACCAGCGUCACUGUUAUUAAGAUGGGCUGGCUAGACAAGAACCCUCCUCAGGGGUCUCUGAUCUACCAGCGUCGCUGGGUCAAGUUGGAUGCUGAAUACCUGAGAUACUUCGACACUGAGAAGGAUGUGUACUCGAAGAGGAUCAUACCUACAAUGUCCAUCACUGGUGUGGUCAACGUGGGAGAGCAGAAGUUUGAAGUGGUGACGCACAAUCGCACUUUCCUGUUCCGGGCUGAGAGCGACUCGGAGCGGAGCGAGUGGGUGGGGGUGCUGAGGAGCUGCGUCGGGGCGUCUCGUGCACGCACCAGUCUGGAUAUGACCUUUAACCCCUGCGUGAGCUACGAGAUGAAGGGUUACCUGGAGCUGCGCGGCCUGCGCUCUAAACUCUACACGGUGGUGUGUGCAGAUAAAGUCUUCCUCUACAAAAACACAGAGGAUUAUCGUCUGGGAAUCGGUAUCACCUCUAUUGAUAUGAAUGUUGGUAAUGUGAAGGAAGUGGAUCGGAGAGCAUUUGAUCUGACCACACCAUACCGAAUAUUCAGUUUUGUAGCAGAUACGGACCAGCUGAAGGAUCAGUGGGUGGAGGCCAUGCGGAACUCCAUCGCAGAGGCCUUGUCCAAUUACGAAGUGGCUGAGCGCAUAUGGUCGGAGCCGUCCAAUCAGAUGUGUGCUGACUGCAGCGCUGGCAAACCAGAGUGGGCCGCCAUCAACCUGGCCGUGGUGUUCUGCAAGAGAUGCGCAGGAGAGCACCGCGGCCUCGGCCCCAGCAUAUCUAAAGUACGCAGUCUCAAGAUGGACAAGAAGGUGUGGACCGAAGAUCUCAUCCAGCUCUUCCUGGCUCUCGGAAACGAGCGAGCCAAUCAGUUUUGGGCGGCGAACGUCCCUCCCAGCGAGGCCUUGACCCUGAACAGCAGCAGCGAGGAGCGCCGCCGCUUCAUCAUCGCCAAGUACCGCGAGGGAAAAUACCGCCGAUAUCACCCGCUGUUCGGGAACCAGAGAGAACUCAAUAACGCGCUGUGUAUUAACGUCCAGUCGAGUGAUGUGUGUGAGACGCUGGCGCUGGUGUUCUGUGGAGCAGAUGUGAGCUGUGACACCGGAGACCCUGAGCUGUCUUCUCCGAUCGCUCUGGCCCAGCACCACAGACAGAACCUGCAGCUGGAGUUCCUCACACAGAACCGGAACACAGAAAUCCCGAGGUCAGAGGUGAAGGUCACCAUAGACAGGGUGCACUACAUGGCCCCGCCCUCCGUCACGCAUAAUGGGUUUCUGUUUAAGACCGCCUCCAUGGCCAGACCAAUCACAGAGAAGAAGGGAAAAGAAGAGUUCAGUCGGCGCUGGUGUGUGCUGAAUGACGGGAACUUUAGCUACUAUGAAAGUGACAAAAACGCUACACCGAACGGAGGACUGAAGAUGAAGGAGAUCGUCUGUCUGGCUGUCAACCCUCCCGAGACUCAUGGAUACGAUCACACGUUUGAGCUGUACUCGGACGCCGAGCGCUUGUAUCUGUUCGGCACCGAUAACCCCGAGACCAUGCGCGAGUGGGUCAAAUCCAUCGCAAAGUCGUUCAUUCCCGCUGGUGCAGAGGAUCUGUUACUGAAGGACUUCGAGCGCAUCGGCCGGCUGCGUUACAAAGACAGACUAAACCGGGAGAUGUCUAGACUGGGCUGGUUCUGUCUGGUGGGGUCCAGCCUGCAUAUCCGGCUGGAGGAGCACAUCGCAGACGAGACCAUCGACCUGCAGAAGCUCCUGGAGCUCUCGAUCCAGCCGGAGAACGAGGUUCUGGUUCUGGUGGAGCGGGGCAGGACGCUGUACAUCGAGGGCGAGAGGAAGCUGGACUUCCAGGGCUGGGCGGCAGCUAUCCAGAGGGCUGCUGGGAGUUCUGGAGACACACUGAGUCAGCAGCAGCUGACGGAGGCAGAUCCCGUGAUCGUGGAGCGCUGCAUUCAUUUCACCACGCAAUACGGUCUGACCUCGGAGGGAAUCUACCGUAAGAGCGGUGUGAACAGUAAGAUCGCCGCCCUGCUGGAGGAGUUCAGACGAGACGCCCGAUGUGUUUGGCUGAAAGAAGGUGAACAUCAAGUGGACGACGUCUCCAGCGUUCUCAAGCGCUUCUUCAGAGACAUCGAGGAGGGACUGUUUGGUCAGGAGGCGCACAGCUGGCUCAGCGCUACAGCUACUUCAGAUGAGAGCAGUCGGAUCGGUCAGUAUCAUCUUCUGCUCAGUAACCUUCCCCGAGUCAACCAGGCCACACUACGAGCGCUAGUUAAUCAUUUAUACUGCGUCCAGCGGUUUGCAGAUCUCAAUCAGAUGAAUCUUCACAACCUGGCCAUCGUGUUCGGACCGACUCUGUUCCAGGCGGACGGGAAGGACAACAGUGCUGGGCGGGUCAUCGAGGAUCUCAUCCAACACUACGUCGCUAUAUUCAAAGUAAAUGAGCAGCAGCUGAAGAAGCAGUUAGAUGAGAUCACAUACAUCAUAAAGCUCAGAGACAACCUCACUCCUAAACCAGGAACAGGCAGUGGUGAUUUUAUCUGUACAGUUUACCUGGAGGAGAAGAAGGAAACAGCCGAACAGCAUGUGAAGAUUCCUGCCACGAUGACAGCCGCUGAACUGACCUUUGAGAUUCUGGACAGACGGAAAAUCGGCGUUAAAGAGAAAGACUACUGGUGCUGCUUCGAGGUGAACGAGAAGGAAGAAAUGGAGCGGCCGCUGCACUAUCAGGAGAAGGUUCUGCCCAUCUUUCAGUCCCUGGGCACCGACAGUCACCUGCUGGUCAAGAAGCACUUCUCCAUGGAGGCCAUGCUGGUUUAUCUGGCCAGUAAAGUGGAGGUGUCCAAACACGGUAUGAUGAAGUUCAGAGAGGAGAGGAGUCUGCUGGGAUUGAGCACCGGGAGCUUCAAUGACCGAUACUUCAUCCUGACCAGCACCUCGCUCAGACUCUAUAAAGAAGUCCGGAAUCUGCAAAAGCUGCAAAGCCCAGAGCUGCAGUGUAGUAACCGUCCAGAGAGAGAGUGGCCCGUCAAGUGUCUAAAAGUCUAUCAAGGCAUUAAAAAGAAGCUGCGUCCACCAACAUGCUGGGGACUCACAGUCGUCUAUGAAAGUGAGAAACAGGAAAAGCAGGAGAGACAGCAGUGGUAUCUCUGCUGUGACACACAGAAUGAAAUGAGGGAAUGGUUCGUUACCUUCAUGAGCAUACAGAACGGAGGUCGUGUUUGGCCAGCGGAGUGGUCUAAAUCUCGCUCGGCGAGUCGUUCUGCGCCGCUGGACGCUCGCUUCCGUAACGUGUCUCUGAUUCCUCUGCGCGGCAGCGAGAACGAGAUGAGGAAUAGUGUGGCUGCUUUCACUGCCGAUCCUCUCGCCCUCUUCAGAAAUGUUUGACUGAGUGAAAUGUUGUUCAGGAACUGCAGGUGUGUUCGGCUCACAAUCACAUCAGGAUCAGGUCCGGAUCAGUCCAGAUCAGACCGGAUCUUCUCACGCACUUUGACCUUCUGAGAGGUGACACUGCUCUGAUCCGUCACUCUUUCAGACUGUUACUGGACUCGGUCUCGUGGAUCGUUGUGAUGUCGAAGGCGGGGAUGGAUCUGUGUUUUAACAUGCGUUCAGAAGCUGUCGCUCGUGGGCCGUUUAGUGUUCAUCAUCUAACCCGCUGAAACACUCGAGGCGUCCGGUCAGACCGAAUGGACUCAAGUCUGACACACACACGUGUUUUUACUGUUUAACCUUCACACCCUCAGACUUUAUAACUUAUUUCAGUCUGUUUUCAUGUCAAUCAAACAGAAUCACAUCAAGAGUUUUAAAGGUUAAAGGUCAUGGAUGGGUCCAUAGAGAGAGAGAGUGUGUGUGUGUGUGUGUGUGUGUGUGUGAGAGAGAGACAGAUUAAAGGUG